UCUGGGUGGGUGAGCGAGCGAGGGCGAGUGCGGGCCGCGGUGCGCUGUGGGAUACUGGCGGUAUAUAGUCUAUCCUCGGUGCGGCGUUAGCUAAGGGGGCCAGGCAGGAGCGGGGUAUGAAGAUGGCGGACGCCAAGCAGAAGCGGAACGAGCAGCUGAAGCGCUGGAUCGGCUCCGAGACCGACCUGGAGCCACCCGUGGUCAAGCGCAAAAAGACCAAGGUGAAGUUCGACGACGGCGCCGUCUUCCUGGCCGCCUGCUCCAGCGGGGACACCGAGGAGGUGCUGCGGCUGCUGGAGCGGGGCGCCGACAUCAACUACGCCAAUGUGGACGGGCUCACCGCGCUCCACCAGGCUUGUAUAGAUGAUAACGUAGAUAUGGUGAAAUUUCUGGUGGAAAAUGGAGCAAAUAUUAAUCAACCAGAUAAUGAAGGCUGGAUACCUCUACAUGCAGCUGCUUCCUGUGGAUAUCUUGAUAUAGCAGAGUAUUUAAUUAGUCAAGGAGCACAUGUAGGAGCUGUAAAUAGUGAAGGAGACACUCCAUUAGAUAUUGCUGAAGAAGAGGCAAUGGAAGAGCUGCUUCAGAAUGAAGUAAAUAGACAAGGGGUUGAUAUAGAGGCAGCUCGAAAAGAAGAAGAACGAAUAAUGCUACGAGAUGCAAGACAAUGGCUCAACAGUGGCCAUAUAAAUGAUGUCAGACAUGCAAAAUCUGGUGGUACAGCACUUCAUGUAGCUGCUGCUAAGGGCUAUACAGAAGUCUUAAAGCUUUUAAUACAGGCUCACUACGAUGUAAAUAUUAAAGAUUAUGAUGGCUGGACACCACUUCAUGCUGCUGCUCACUGGGGUAAAGAAGAAGCAUGUCGCAUUUUAGUGGAAAACCUAUGUGAUAUGGAGGCUGUCAACAAAGUGGGGCAGACAGCGUUUGAUGUGGCAGAUGAAGAUAUUCUAGGAUAUUUAGAAGAAUUACAAAAGAAGCAGAAUCUGCUUCAUAGUGAAAAACGGGAAAAGAAAUCUCCCUUAAUUGAAUCCACAGCCAACAUGGAUAAUAAUCAGACACAGAAAACAUUCAAAAAUAAGGAGACAUUGAUUAUGGAGCAAGAAAAGAAUGCAUCUAGUAUAGAGUCUCUGGAGCAAGAAAAAGCAGAUGAGGAAGAAGAGGGAAAGAAGGAUGAAUCCAGUUGUUCUAGUGAAGAGGAAGAGGAUGACGACUCAGAGUCCGAAGCAGAGACGGAUAAGACCAAAACCUUGGCAGCUGUAACUAAUAACGCAAAUACCACAAGUACACAAUCGGCAUCGGUAGCUGUGACAGCACCUUCAGUAGCCGGUGGCCAAGGGGCACCUACAUCACCUGUUAAGAAGUAUGAUUUCAUUCCUCCUAUCAUGCCUGUCAUGGAGUCAGUAGAUCCUGCAUCAUGGAGGCAGGGCUUGCGCAAAACUGGCAUUGUUCUUGUGCCCAAUAAGGGUGAAAAAACUAUGUUUCCAACAUCUACAACCAAGGUUUCUCCCAAAGAUGAAGAGAGGAAAGAUGAAUCUCCUGCUUCGUGGAGGUUAGGUCUUAGAAAAACUGGUAGUUAUGGUGCACUUGCAGAGAUUACUGCUUCCAAAGAAGCUCAGAAAGAAAAGGACUCUGCAGGUGUUAUGCGUUCUGCUUCAAGUCCUAGACUUUCCUCCUCAUUGGACAACAAAGAAAAGGAGAAAGAUGGAAAAGGAACUCGACUUGCAUAUGUUGCACCUACAAUACCAAGACGACUGGCCAGUACCUCUGACAUUGAUGAAAAAGAAAACAGGGACUCGUCUGCUAGCUCAAUACGUGGUGGUAGUUCCUACACCAGGAGAAAAUGGGAGGAAGAUGUCAAGAAAAACAGUUUGAAUGAAGGUCCUACAUCAUUAAACACAAGUUAUCAAAGAAGUGGCUCCUUUGGUAGAAGACAAGAUGAUUUGAUUAGUUCUAAUGUUCCAAGUACUGCAUCAACAGUUACCUCUUCUGCUGGUCUUCAGAAAACACUGCCUGCCAGCGCAAACACUACUACAAAGAGUACAACGGGUUCUACUUCAGCAGGUGUACAAAGCAGUACCUCAAAUCGUUUGUGGGCUGAGGAUAGUACUGAGAAAGAAAAGGACAGUGUUCCUACAGCAGUGACCGUUCCUGUUGCACCAUCUGUUGUAAAUGCUACAGCCACUACCACAGCCAUGACUACAGCUACUUCUGGCACUGUGUCCUCAACAUCAGAGGUCAGGGAGAGACGGAGAUCAUACCUCACUCCAGUACGGGAUGAAGAGUCAGAGUCCCAAAGAAAAGCUAGAUCCAGGCAAGCAAGACAGUCUAGAAGAUCUACACAGGGUGUAACACUGACAGAUCUUCAAGAAGCUGAAAAAACUAUAGGAAGAAGUCGUCCCACGCGAACCAGAGAACAGGAAAAUGAAGAAAAAGAAAAAGAAGAGAAAGAAAAGCAAGACAAAGAAAAACAAGAAGAAAAGAAAGAAUCCGAAACUAAAGAUGAUGAUUAUAGACAAAGAUAUUCCCGAACUGUUGAAGAGCCAUAUCAUCGCUAUAGACCAACUUCAACUUCAACUUCAUCAUCAUCCACCUCUUCGCUCUCCACCUCCACUAGCUCUCUUUCAACUUCAAGUCAACUAAACAGACCAAACAGCCUUAUAGGUAUAACUUCUGCCUAUUCUCGGAGUGGAACAAAGGAAAGUGAGAGAGAAGGGGGCAAAAAAGAGGAAGAAAAAGAAGAAGAUAAGUCACAGCCUAAGUCUAUAAGGGAAAGGCGGCGACCAAGAGAAAAACGACGAUCUACAGGAGUUUCUUUUUGGACUCACGAUAGUGAUGAAAAUGAACAGGAACAUCAGUCCGAUUCAGAAGAAGGAACAAAUAAGAAAGAAACUCAGAGUGAUAGCCUUUCAAGAUAUGAUACGGCAUCCCUCAGCGUGUCUUCAGGUGAUCGUUAUGAUUCAGCGCAGGGGCGAUCGGGAUCGCAGAGUUACCUUGAAGAUCGAAAACCGUACUGCAGUAGACUAGAAAAAGAAGAUAGCACUGAUUUUAAGAAGCUUUAUGAACAGAUUCUAGCUGAAAAUGAAAAACUGAAAGCACAGUUACAUGAUACCAACAUGGAACUUACAGAUCUUAAGCUACAGUUGGAGAAGACCACUCAGGUUUGUAUUAAACAAAAAAGCCUGUACUUAGCUGACAAGGUAGAUAGCAAACUAGAAGCACCCCAGGAUAUGGGCUGCUCUUUGCUAGGCAUCAGCUUUGUUUCUUGUCCAAAGAUGGGAGUGAAGAAGAGUACCUCUCUGUUUCUAAAGAGAAAAGAGCACAGGAUUCUGGUCUUCAGCUGUGAACAAAAUAGACAAGAAAGAUUUGCUGACAGAUCACUCUUGGAAAUGGAGAAAAGGGAAAGAAGAGCUCUAGAAAGAAGGAUAUCUGAAAUGGAAGAGGAACUGAAAAACCUUCAACAAAUAAAGCAGAUUCAAUCUUUGAGACACAUAAAUGAGCGACUGGUGACUGAGAAUAGGGCCUUGACCCGAGUGGUUGCCAAGCUGUCAGGGUCCUGUAGGCAACUGCGCUCUGUGGACUUGUAAUUUCUUCCUUCUUUGUGUAGCCAGAUGCUACCAGACCUGAAGGCAGACAACCAGAGGCUAAAAGAUGAAAAUGGGGCCUUGAUCAGAGUUAUAAGCAAACUUUCCAAAUAAAGGGUUUACGACAGCAGCAAAUAACGGUAUUGCACAUCACUAGUAACUCCAGUGGACCACAGUAUGGCAGUCACUGGAAGUGUGGGAAGAUCCCUUGGAGACUGUCAUUUUCAGAUAUCCUGCCAAACGCCCUCUUACCUGUGUGUUUUUUUGUAUCAAGAUCAUUGUUUCUGUUAAAAUGCAGCUGCUGAGAAGAUAAAAUGACUGAGAAAUCUUGUUUACAGCUACAGCAUAAUAAGGAAAGUGUUCAAGGCCAGAUACGCCUCAGAUAUUUAACCAGUAAGCCUUAGUUGUACAUAAACACUUUUACAUCAUCAAAAGCUUUCAGCUCUCACAGAAGACAGUUACUCAAUAAUGUUUUUGUUGUGCCACAAUUCCCAGUUUUUUUCUAUACUCAGUUUUUCUUUAAAUCUUAAGUUUGGAUUUUUGUUCUCCCUUCUAAUUAUUCAUGUACCAGAUUUUCUUGUACAGUGUUUUCACAGCUUUACCAUUUGCAGAGACCACACGCCCUUUUAAAUUACAUAUUUGUGUAGCUACCUAGAGUUGUAUUGUCCAACCACCUGGAACAGAGAUGUUUGGUGGAACAUUUGCUUUCACUGUUUGUGCAAUAUGCAUUUAUUUCCUAUACAAAAUGCUUUAAAAGUCAGUUGAAACUAGAAAUAUUUUAAGAGUCCUGUUUUCUGCCUUUAUUGGUCACUUUAAAAAAAAAAAAAGUUUGUAGUGAAAGAUGUUAGAUCCUGUAAUCGUCACAUUCAUUUGAGCAGGUACUGAGUGAUGCUGUAUAUAUAAAUGUGUACUGGUUUGAUUUUUCAGACCACCACGUGGCAUGCUUGAAUAUAUUUCCCUAUUGCAAAUGUCUGUUAAUGCAAAUUAGGCUACUCCAGAAUAGUGUGUUUAACAAAGUUCAUUAAUUUUUAUGGUAUAAAGAAUUUAGACAUUGUACAUUGUAUGGAGCCCUAUCUUUACAAAAGGUCUAAACUAUAUAAAAUACUUUAUUAUCUUUUCCUCCCAUUUUUUUUUCAUUUGAUAGUGUUCACCAUAAUAAAAAAUUGCAUAAAUAUAACUGCUUCACUACAUUUCACAUACCUGUAUUUAUCUGAGUGCUGUCCAAAACUGUUGUGCUAGCCAAAGUAAUGUACUAAAUCAUUUGAAAAACAUAACCCAUUACACUCACAUUAAUGUUUAUAUGCACUGUUGUUGCCAUGUGAGAAGGCAUCCGAUUUGAUAACACCAUCCUGUCAGACCAUUUUAUACAUUUCAGUGGCCUUUAAAAACAAAACCAGUACUUAAGUGAAGAUCGCUUUUGUUAGAAACAGCUUUUAUAUUUUCACUAAACCAUUCAAAAUAUGACAUCCUAUUGGCACAUCGUUUCUUGCCUAAAACCACUGAACAGAUCAGCCAUUAAAACAAAUUGUACAUUGUAAAGCUUGUAGUAGCUAUUGUAUUAUUGAUUAUAUUGUAUACUAUACUAAAUGUGAAUUUGUACCCCUUCAUUUAAAAAGGUCAUUGUGUUCUACUGCCUACUUGGGGGGGGGGGAGUUUUACGGGGGUGGGAUAUGUUUCGGGAAGGAAGACAUGAUGUCCUCUCUCUGUUGAUUGGUUUUUUGAAGAUGUAAGGUUAUGCUCUUACUACCAAGCUCAGGAUUCUUGAUUUUAAAGGUACACAGAUAGUUUGAGGUAUCUUAUUGUAAUUGAUCUGUAUGAGAGGUGGGUCUGAACCGUAGGGACUUCCAUUGUCUUACGCUAACAUAAAAUAAAGAAUUGAAUGGCUGCAACGUAUUGAGUUCUGUUACAAAAGAGUUAGGCAUAUUCUGGAUUAUAUUUGGUAAAGUUUGGGUGCCUGUGAAUGAUUAAAUACGUGUUUCUAAUAUUUUAGUGUUUUAUAUUUAGGUUAUUUAUUCUUUAUAUCUAAAAAAUGAAUGGCUACUGUGCUAUAUUGAUUUUAUUGGUAGUACUGAGCAGACCUUGUAUCUGCAUGAAACUAGUUGCAAAACCCACUAUUUUGGAAAAAAAAAUGUAUUUUGACAUAUACAAAUAAAACGAAUACAAACUAUUUUAAAUGUGUGAAAGUUUUACUGAGAAGACAUUGAAAUUUGUUAUGAAUUUAAAGGAUGUUAUGUUUGCUAUUUAAAUUCUUCGGUGGGCAUUUUUCAUUCAUUGCAUUACUUGGAUGCAAAGUUCAAGUACCUUUCAAAGAUUGUAAUCAAAUUGUGAUUAUUUGCACAUCAUUGUACAUGCACAUCUGUAAAUGCAACAGUAAAAAUGCCAUAUUUAUGCAACCUGUAACAACUUGGACAAAUGUUUAUAUAUUUUACAUAAACCUGUCUGUGUGCAGA